AGGAUGCUGCGGCCGCGGGGCGAGGCGGCGGCGGGAGGAGGAUGCGGCGGCAGGAGCAGCUGCAGCAGCUGCAGCAGCAGGCGGAGGAACGGGCGGCGAUGCGGUGCUGCGCGGGGCCCGGGCCGCGCGGCGGGGGCGCGCUGACCACGCUGCUGCUGACAGCUUUUUUGUUAAGCUCUGCUGAUGGCAGUAAUGGAACUGUUAACUGGAAGACUAAGCAAGCCAACAGUUAUAUUAUCAGCAGAAUAAAGGCUGUUGAGAAGAAUGUGUACACGAUUCUGUCUAAGGUGCACUCUGAUCGGAAUGUAUACCCUUCUGCUGGAGUUCUUUUUGUUCAUGUUUUGGAGAGAGAGUACUUUAAGGGGGAAUUUCCUCCUUACCCAAAGCCUGGUGAAAUAAGCAAUGAUCCUAUAACAUUUAAUACCAAUUUAAUGGGUUACCCUGACCGACCUGGAUGGCUCCGCUAUAUACAAAGGACACCGUACAGCGAUGGAGUGCUGUAUGGUUCACCAACUGUAGAAAAUGUGGGCAAGCCAACCAUCAUUGAGAUCACUGCAUAUAACAGGCGUACUUUUGAGACAGCAAGACAUAAUUUGAUCAUUAAUAUAAUGUCAGCAGAAGAUUUUCCGUUACCAUAUCAAGCGGAAUUCUUCAUAAGGAAUAUGAAUGUAGAAGAGAUGUUAGCAAGUGAAGUUCUUGGAGACUUUCUUGGAGCAGUGAAAAAUGUAUGGCAGCCAGAACGUUUGAAUGCUAUAAACAUUACUUCAGCACUAGACAGGGGAGGGAGAGUUCCACUUCCUAUUAAUGACAUGAAGGAGGGUGUGUAUGUUAUGGUUGGUGCAGAUGUUCCAUUCUCAUCAUGCUUACGGGAAGUGGAAAACCCACAGAAUCAACUGAGAUGCAGUCAAGAAAUGGAGCCUUCAAUAACGUGCGACAAAAAGUUUCGUACUCAAUUCCAUAUUGAUUGGUGUAAAAUCUCUCUGGUUGACAAUACAAAGCAAGUUUCCACCUUUCAGGAAGUGAUUCGUGGAGAGGGGAUUCUGCCUGAUGGCGGGGAGUACAAGCCGCCUUCUGACACACUGAAAAGCAGAGACUAUUACUCGGAUUUCCUAAUUACACUGGCGGUGCCCUCGGCAGUAGCACUGGUGCUUUUUCUGAUUCUUGCCUACAUCAUGUGCUGCCGACGGGAAGGAGUGGAAAAGAGAAACAUGCAAACACCAGACAUCCAGUUGGUCCACCAUAGUGCUAUACAGAAAUCAACCAAAGAGCUCCGUGACAUGUCUAAAAACAGAGAGAUAGCAUGGCCUCUCUCAACGCUGCCAGUGUUCCACCCAGGGACUGGUGAGAUCGUGCCACCCCUUCACCCAGACAGCUACGACAAUACUAGCAUGCCACUGAUGCAAACACAACAGAACCUGCCACAUCAGACUCAGAUUCCACAGCAGCAGAGUGCAGGAGAAUUUCGUAUGACAACAUUUCAAAGAUUUGAGGUAAAUGGUAUUCCUGAGGAACGGAAACUAACAGAAGCAAUGAAUUUGUGAUCAGAGAAAGCAGUAGAUGUCCUGUUUCCUUAUUUGUUCUGAUUGAUGCAUGAGUUUUCCUGGUGUCUAUUGUGCAUGCCCACAGUAUUAAGCCGAUUCCAGUGCCAGAGAGUACAAUCACUUCCACGUAAUAAUGUACUGUAUCUUUUUGUACUUUGGACAUUUUUGACAAUUUGUAAACACUGAUAACUUUUUAUAUUUGUUACAUUAAGAAAACAAUAUUUCAAAUAUAUGUAUUAAUAAAUAUCCAAGUUUUUUCUGUCUCAUGAUCUCUCCUGAAAGUUUUAACAGGGAAAUCAGAACCAGAAAACAAGCACAAGGUUCAGAGGAUUUUAGACUCUGUGCUAUGGGAUGGUACCUUUGCCUUACGUCUGCACACCAAAAGGCUGUGUAAGCAUGGAAACUGGUGCAAUACGAGGCUCGGAAAUAGCAUCCAGAUUUAUUAGCUGUUCAUUUCGUAGAGAUGGUUGGAAUGUAGGAAGUUAUUUUUGAGGGGAAAUCAAACAACAAAAUGACCCCCAAUCUUAACUACUCGUGCUGAAAAUUGGAUUUGUUACUUUACAGACUUUAACUUGUGAUGACUUCUAAGCAAUAAAAUUUAAAAUCUGUCCAUUCAUUCACCAGAUUAUUUUAGAGGAAACUCUCACAAAGCACUGCAGGCAAAAAUUAGUGUCUCCAAAUAAAGGAGGGUACAUUUUACUUAGCAUGUGUGUGCUUACCUUUAAGCCUUUAAAAACAUUCUUUAAAAGCUUUUGGUGGCGUUCCCAAUGUGAUCCAUCUUUUACGUCCUCGUUGUCUGGAGCAAAAAGAAAAGUGAGAGAAUUGGCCAUCCCAUCCCAUACACUGGGAAUUGUACUGUAGCUGUUUUAUAAGGAGCAGACUGUGUACAGCAUGUCCUGGGAGGUCGGUACUUUUGAGAUGCAUUUGUCUAUGCAACAGGAUGCUUAACAGUAGGAACUUGGUAACGGUAGGGAUCUGAAUGGAAGUUUCCCUAUUUUUUGAAUGAUGGUGGUCGUUGAUCUCAAGUGGCAUUUUUGGCACUUUUUACUGCUGCUUCUCUAAAGCAUCAGAGUGGAACACAGGAUGGAAGGGUCUCCAUCCAGCUGUGCGUGGUUGCCUCUCAAAGCGUCACUGUUUGAAGCUGACACUUUGCUUUGGUUGUGUCCUAUUUUCUGUAGUAUUCCUCUUUCAGAGGCUUUAUGCUCGUGGGAACAUGGCAUUUUAAGCAAAAAGCAGAAUCUGCUUUAAAAUUGCUGUAUUUUGACUAUAUUUCUGUAGCUGAGGUUUUCCAGGUCUCUCCCAAGGGAAACUGUGACCACUUUAAGGACUCGAGACCGAGCCUAAGAAGACAUUUUAAAAUCAUUACUCUGAUUGCAGAAACACUGAAGUCUCUGGCUUUUCCCCUUUCUCGUGACACUGUUCCUUGAAAACAGUAACAUGUUUGAGAAAGGCCGCUCCGUUUUAAGGCGCGGGCUUCAGUGCAACGCCUUGGCAAAUAAUUAAUUAAAGGAAAGAAGUCCUGAGAUACCUUCUAGACACAUUUUGUGCAACAAGUAACGGCUGCAGCUGUAUCUAUAAGUGGUGCUCAGGACAGGAUGGGUGAGCACUGCAAACAGGACCAAACCAACGUGCUGUCUGUACCUGUGUUGUCCAGCCUUAAUGCCCAUAGUUUGCAGAGCUGCCCCUAAAUGCCAGGACCACUUUACUAGCAAGCUCACUUAGCCACAGGAUUACUGGCAGUGGUUAACAUACUACAAAAGAUGGCUCAAGCUAUCGUCUAAGCUGAAAAACCAAGUCAAUUUGUGCAACAGGGGGAAUAAAGAGCCAUUCCUACUUGCUUUCCAAGAGGCGUGCCUCAUUCUGACAUCAUUCAAAAUGUCCUACAGGAGAUUUCAUCACUCACUCUCCUAUGAGAACACUGCUUUCCCAGCAGCACGGAUGGCUAUCAGGGAAAAGUGAAUUAAAGACCAGAUAAUGAACACUGAGAUGUAUGCUAAAUUAAAAAUGUACCUUUUUUUUUUUUUU